AUGGCAGGAAAUGUGAAUAAAAGACCUGAAGAGGUUAAGAAUGGGGGGCUGAAUAACUCUGAGGGACCAGAGAGUUCAGAGUUUUACCAUCUUCACGGCAGGAUAUGGAGGUCAUUGUAUGGGUUGUAUCCCUAUAAGGUUAGCAUGAUUAGGCUAGAGGGGCUUGCUGACCCCUCUCAGGACUGGGACAUUAAGGAGACCAUUGGGGAGGGAACCUAUGGCAAGGUCUACAAAGUCACCAACAAAAAGGAUGGAAGUCAAGCAGCUGUGAAAGUGCUUGAUCCUGUUAAUGAUGUUGAUGAAGAGAUUGAGGCUGAGUAUAACAUCCUGCGCUCACUUUCCAACCACCCUAAUGUGGUGAAGUUCUUUGGCAUGUUCUACAAGGCUGACAAGGUCAAUGGAGGGCAGUUGUGGUUGGUUCUGGAGUUGUGUAAUGGGGGUUCAGUAACGGAGCUGAUAAAGGGAUUGCUGAUGAGGGGGAAACGUCUGGAGGAACCAGUCAUCUCCUACAUUCUCUGUGGUGCUCUGCUGGGACUGCAGCAUCUGCACAACAACAGAAUCAUCCACCGUGACGUCAAGGGUAACAACAUUCUGCUCACCACAGAUGGAGGUGUCAAACUGGUGGAUUUUGGUGUGUCAGCUCAGCUGACGAGUGCCCGUUUACGCAGGAACACAUCAGUAGGAACACCUUUCUGGAUGGCUCCUGAGGUGAUUGCAUGUGAACAGCAGCUUGACUACUCGUAUGAUGCCCGCUGUGAUGUGUGGUCCCUGGGCAUCACUGCAAUCGAGCUGGCAGAGGGUGAUCCACCACUGGCUGAAAUGCAUCCUGUAAAAGCGUUGUUUAAAAUACCAAGAAACCCACCUCCAACACUUCGCCAUUUAGAUCAGUGGUGCAGAAGUUUCAGUCACUUCAUUGCUCAGUGUUUGAUCAAAGAUUUUGAGGUGCGUCCUUCAGUGACCCAUCUGCUGGAACAUCCAUUUAUUAAGCAGGCUCAUGGCAAAGAUGCUGCCCUUAGGAAACAACUUGCAGCUCUUUUACAGGAGCAGAAUAAUGCUGGCUGCAAGACCAGGACCAAAACAAAGCAUGAGAGAAUCAAUACACGAAAAACACUGCUGAUUGAGACCUUCCCGAAUGAUGACCUGGUGAACCUGGAGGUUUUAAAUGAGGAAGUAUUAAUCACACAUCUGCAGAAGCGCUAUGAAGAACUGCAGAUAUACACCUAUGUUGGAGAUAUUCUCAUUGCUCUCAACCCCUUUCAGAGUCUGAACAUUUAUUCACCACAGUUCUCAAAGCUGUACCAUGGAGCAAAGCGCUUAGAUAAUCCCCCACACAUCUUUGCAACUGCUGAUGCAGCCUACCAAGGGAUGGUGUCCUCCUGCAAGGACCAGUGUAUAAUCAUUAGUGGGGAGAGUGGAGCAGGCAAAACAGAGAGUGCCCAUCUCAUCGUCCAGCAUCUCACUUUUCUGGGAAAGGCAAAUAAUCGCACUCUUCGAGAAAAGAUCCUGCAGGUGAACCCUCUGGUGGAGGCAUUUGGUAAUGCUUGCACAGCUAUUAACGACAACUCCAGUCGUUUUGGAAAGUACCUGGAAAUGAGGUUUACACCCACGGGUGCAGUCAUGGGUGCUAAGAUCUCAGAAUACCUACUGGAGAAAUCCAGAGUCAUCAAGCAGGCCACAGGGGAAAAGAACUUCCACAUAUUUUAUUACAUAUACGCUGGUCUUUACCAUCAAGACAGCCUUAAGAAAUACAGAUUGCCUGAGAAAACAGCACCCAGAUAUAUUGACAGUGUGAAUGGUAGAGUGAUGCAGGACAUUGUGACCAGCCAGCUGUAUAAAGAACAGUUUAAUGCAAUUCAGGACUGCUUCCGCAUUAUAGGCUUUUCAGAAGAGGAAGUGAACUCUGUGUACAGAAUCUUGGCUGCUAUUUUAAACACCGGCAAUAUUGAGUUUACCUCCAUCAGCUCUCAGCACCAGACAGAUAAGAGUCAAGUGCCUAACUCAGAGGCCCUGGAGAAUGCGGCUGCUCUGCUGUGUAUAGAAGCAGAAGAGCUACAGGAGGCGCUGACCUCUCACUGUGUGGUAACACGUGGAGAGACCAUAAUCCGAACCAACACAGUCGACAAGGCUACUGAUGUGAGGGAUGCCAUGUCUAAAGCCCUCUACGGACGACUUUUCAGUUGGAUAGUAAACCGCAUCAACUCCCUCCUUCAGCCCGAUGUCAAGAGCUGUGCUACAGAGAGCGGGAUGUCUGUGGGCAUUCUCGAUAUCUUCGGCUUUGAGAACUUUAAGAAGAACUCAUUUGAGCAGCUGUGCAUAAAUAUUGCCAACGAACAGAUCCAGUUCUACUUUAACCAACACAUAUUUGCCCUUGAGCAGAUGGAGUAUCAGAGUGAGGGAAUAGAUGCCAGUCUGGUGGAGUAUGAAGACAACAGGCCAAUAUUGGACAUGUUUUUGCAGAAGCCAAUGGGGCUGCUUUCACUGCUGGAUGAGGAAAGCCGCUUCCCUCAAGCCACAGAUCAAACCCUAGUUGACAAGUUUGAAGACAAUCUACGGUACAAAUACUUCUGGAGACCAAAGCGUGUGGAGUUGUGUUUUGGAAUUCAGCAUUAUGCUGGACAGGUGUUGUACGGUGUGAAUGGAUUUUUGGAGAAGAACAGAGACACUCUCCCUGCUGACAUUGUAGUGGUUUUAAGAACAUCUGAGAACAAACUACUGCAGCAGCUCUUCUCCAAUCCUCUCACCAAAACUGGUAACCUGGCCACAUCCAGAGCCAGAGUCACUGCAGCCUCACGAUCUCUACCUCCUCAGCUCAGCACAGGAUGCAGCAAGUCUCUUAAAUAUUGGUCAAAGGUGGACACCAUGGAGAUAAUGAGACAUCCGGAGGAGACUACUAACAUGAGAAGACAGACAGUAGCGUCCUACUUCAGAUAUUCUCUGAUGGAUCUGCUGUCCAAGAUGGUAUCAGGGACGCCUCACUUUGUACGAUGCAUUAAGCCUAACGAUGAUAGGCAGGCAUUGCAAUUUUGUACAGAGCGUGUGUUGGUGCAGCUGCGCUACACUGGCAUUCUAGAGACCGUCAAUAUCCGGCGCCAGGGCUUUUCUCACCGCAUCAUUUUUGAGGACUUUGUUAAGAGGUACUACUACCUGGCUUUUCGUGCUCAUCAAAUGCCAGAAUGUAGUAAAGAAAAUGCUGUCAUCAUCCUUCAGAAAGCCAAACUGGAACACUGGGGACUCGGCAAAACCAAGGUGUUUCUGAAGUACUAUCACGUGGAACAGUUGAAUCUGUUAUUAAGGGAUGUGAUGGCACGGGUGGUGGUAAUCCAGGCUUACACUAAAGGCUGGUUAGGGGCACGGAGGUACCGCAGAGAGAAAGAGAAACGGGCCACCAGGGCAACCCUCAUCCAGUCAGUGUGGCGGAGUUAUCUGGCACGUCGGCAUGUGAAGCGAAUGAAGCGGCAGCGAGAACGAGCUGCGGUGCAGAUUCAGUCAGCAUACCGAGGACACAGAGUCCGCAAAAACUACAGUCUUAAGCGCUCUUCAUCCUCCGCCUCAUCUCCUGGGAAAAACAGGUUUCAAAGAAGACACUCUGACAGUCCCAUCCAUAAUGCCAAGGUUAUCUCUGUCAGUGAUGAUGGACUGACAGAGAGUGACAGUAAAGAGAAAAGCUCAGCUGAAGCGUCUGUAGUGAACACUAGCAGAGAGCGAGCUACACAUCACAGACAAGGUCCGGCAGCAAAGUUGCUGCAGCGCAACCCUCGGCGUCGAGGCCAGCAGCCCAAACUCUUGAACAGCCCGGAGGACAGCCUUUACUACAACCAGCUGAACAAAACUCUAGAUUACCAGGGGAGCAAAAGGAAGCCCAGAAAACUUGGAGGCUUUAAAAUAGCUCAGCAGAUUAAGCUUCUGGAUGGAGAGGAUGAGUAUUAUAAAUUGUUGCUGACAGUAGACUCUGUCCCUAAGGAAGACCUCUCUUCUGUUUCUCCUCCACCUCCCCCCAUGCUCAGCCGGAGUUGA